UAUCAGCGUCCCAUUUCCUGGCAAGCUCCGAAAUGAGACCCCAUGGGGCCUCCAUUUCACCAUGGGGGUCUCCACCACAACGUUGGACCAUCGACAUCUGUAUCUGCGCAUGGAGAAUACUACUGUAUAGCUGAUCUAGGCGUAUACCCUGCAGAAAAACAAGAAGAAGAAAAAAACGAGGAGGAAAAAAAAACACAUGUGAACGUUUGUGUUGUAUUGAGGACUGGAAAGAGUAUCCACCCUAUUUCUUGGGGAAAUGCAACCCCAUCGUGUGAUGCUCGGGCUGCAAAAUCAAAGGGGAUAUUAGUCGAGAUGCCCGCCCGGUUCUAGCCCGCUGCGGGAGCUCUCCUCCUCCUCAUCACCAUCAACACCUCUCGCUCCAUUUCCCGGACUAGAGAAAAAUCGACACCCGGUCCAAAAUGGCUGAUGAAAAGACCGACGCGCCCGUCGAGGCCACGGCCACUCAUGUGGCUGCCCCCAAGGGAUCACAGGCUCAAGGAGCCGGCGAGGCGUCCACCGCUCUGCAGAUUGAGCGUGACAUGAGCAUGAGGGAUACCUUUCGCUUCUGGCCCAAGGCUAUCUUUUUCUCGUUUAUGCUUUCUCUUGCUAUCAUUAUGGAGGCCUAUGAUCUCAACCUCAUGAGCAACUUUUACCCAUUCCCGGCAUUCAAAGACAGAUUCGGCGACCAGGAUGACCCCGAUGGCGGCAAGCUCGUUUCUGCUAGAUGGCAAACCAUUAUCAACAACGGUGUGCAGGCCGGUUCCAUCAUUGGUCUCCUCAUCAACGGCUACGUGACCGAGUGGUUCGGAUACCGCAAGACCAUGAUCGGUGCCAUGUUCUUCAUGAUCGGAGGCAUCUUCAUCCCUUUCUUCUCCACUGGACUGCCCAUGUUCCUGGCUGGUGCCCUCGUGCAGGGUCUGCCUUGGGGUGUUUUCCAGACGCUGAGUGUCACGUACGCCGCCGACUUGUGCCCAACCAAGUUGAGGCAGUACAUGACAUCUUACGUCAACAUCUGCUGGGUAGUCGGAGGUAUUUUGGCAAAGGGUAUGCUCAAGGGCCUGAUGCAGAGGACCGACCAGUGGGGAUACAGAAUCCCCUUUGCCCUGCAAUGGAUCUGGCCCGGUCCCAUCAUCAUCGCCGCCAUCUUCGUCCCCGAGUCCCCAUGGUGGCUCAUCCGCAAGGGCCGCUACGACGAGGCCAGAAAGGCCGUGGAGAGACUCACCAGCCCCAGCAGCGGCGUGCACUUUGACCUUGACGCACACAUGGAGAUGAUGAAGGCCACCAACCAGCUCGAGAUGGAGAUGUCGACCGGUGGCAACUUCUGGGAUUGCUUCCGUGGUGUCGACCUUCGCCGUACUGAGAUUGCUUGCGUGGUCUGGCUGACGCAAGCCUUCUGUGGUGUUCCCUUUAUGUCUUAUGGUAUCCAGUUCCUGAUCAACGCCGGAAUGUCGGCCGACAACGCCUUCACUAUGGGUCUCGUCGAGAACUGCAUUGGUCUCAUAGGAUGCUUCCUCGCCUGGUGGAUCAUGAACUACGUCGGCCGUCGCUCCCUUUACCUCUACGGACUCAGCGCCAUGUUUGUAAUCCUGAUGAUAAUAGGAUUCAUGGGCAUUCCGACCGGCAAGGAAAACGAAGAGAGGCUCGGGUGGGGCAUCGGCGCUUUGAUCAUCCUGAUGCUUUUCCUCUUCCAACUCAGCGUCGGCCCGUCCUGCUACUGCCUCGUCGCCGAGAUGCCCUCCACCCGCCUCCGGGUCAAGACUGUAGCACUUGCGCGUGCUACUUACAACCUUGCUGGCUUCAUCACCAAUGCACUCAUGCCUCCUAUGAUUGGAAAGCGAGAUUGGAAUUGGGGCGCAAAAGCCGGUUUUUUCUGGGCAGGUAUUGACCUCGUGUUUUUGUGCUGGGUAUUCUUCCGUCUGCCCGAGCCUUUUGGCUUGACGUAUGCGGAGAUCGAUCUCCUAUUCGAGCACAAGGUCAGUGCACGCGAGUUCUCUCAGGAGAAGGCCGACGCGCUCAAGCCGGAACUGGACGACUUGGCACGCAGGACGGAGAAGAAUGUCCAGACCGAGCUCUGAUUUAUUUAAUUAGAACAAGAGCGCUGUCUUUAGGAUCGUUUGACUGAGCUGGAAAGGGGUGACGGGGAGGGCAUGUUGGAGGAUAAGGGUGUUUGAUACUUGCCCCAGGCCAAAUUCUAGGACAAUUCUUAUCGCUUGUCACAGUCCUUCUUUGAUUAGCC